ACCAGCUCUUGCCUCUUUAGCGCUUCAGGAGCUGGUCGAGAUCGGAAACAUCCGAUAGCUGCAGAACUUUCUCCAGCAAAACUACUAAACCCUAGAGAAACCCCUAAACAAUCCAAGUCAAGCCAGGGCAAACCUCCGAAUCAAGAGACUACCAGAAGAAGACUAAGGUCAAAGAACCCAAAAAAUGGUUCCAGGGCUGAGACAAUUCACCGACCGUACCGGCGAAGGUGCCGGUGUGCCGGUGCUCGACACUGAAAAUGGCGAGGAGCUGAAGCACGUGGAGCCCGGCGUCGCCAUUGUUAUCGCCAAUCGCUCCCCGGAAGCUCCCGGAACUCUCUACAUCUCCUCCAGGAAGGUGGUUUGGUUGAGCGAUGUGGAUAGGGAAAAGGGCUAUGCUGUUGAUUUCUUGGCUCUGUCGCUCCACGCUGUGUCGAGGGAUCCGGAUGCGUUUCCUUCUCCUUGUAUUUAUGCUCAGGUGAGCUACUCAGUUUUCUAUCUUUAAGCUUCAAUUGCAGUUUGAAAUGGCGACCAACUUGCCAAGUGAAUGUCGGUUAUGCAUUCUUAGGGUUGAUUUAGUUAGUUAGCCCUGAUGAACCAACUUGAGUUUGUAACGUUAUAGUUCAUAUUAGAUUAGUUCGCAAACUGCCUGCUUCUGUUUGGGAUCAUUCAUUUGGUUUAUGAGCUACUUGUCAUAUGGGUAGUGAUAAUUGGUUUUGCGUUGUGUGCAUAAAUGAAAUACACUACAAUGACAUCGGUGUUUUCAGUGGUUAGCUGUAACUUAUGCUGGCUACUUAUGCUUCUUGUUUGUGGGGAAUGAUGCUUCUGAUCUAUCUUUUUUGGUUUGAAGAUUGAGACGGGAGUUGAUGAAGAUGAUUCGGAUUGCUCAGAUUCGGAGCAUGAAGAAACUUUGGACUUGUCCAAAGUAACAGAGAUGAGGCUUGUUCCUUCUGACCCAAACCAGCUGGAUACUCUGUUCCAGAUCUUCUGUGAGUGUGCUGAGCUCAAUCCGGAACCAAUUGAAGAAGAUGAAGGGUUCGGCGGCAACAACUGGGUUUUCAGUGCUGACAUGAUGGCUGAUGAUGGAGCAGAUGUGGAAGCCCCCGAAUGGUUCUCCCCAACCAGCUCCAUUGGCCAUUCAAAUGGGGAUCAUGACCUGGCUCGUACUGUGCUUGAGCUGCAAAUCAAUGAUCAACGAUUUGAAGAUGCGGAAGAGAUGGAACGUGAAAACGAGAACAGCCGUGAUUGACUUCUUUGACUGAUGGUUGGAUGUUGGAGUGUGUGUUUUAACAGCGAUUCUACAUCUUAGAAAGCUAUCAAUAGUUCAUGUAAAUCAAAGACUUUGCAUUUGGCUUUUGAAUCUGUAAUCAGAGGGAUAGAGGGUUGGCACAAGAUGUGUAACAGUUGGUGAAUCAGCUGGGUGUAUCUGUAAUGCAAAGAGAUUUUAUUUAUGGAGGAUGUGCAUUGUAGUGUGCUUUGUAGCAGCAAUUCUACAACUUAUAUGCUCCCAACAGUUCCAUGUAAAUUCCAGACCCUGCAUUUUUCUGUUGAAUGUGUAACAAGAGGGAUAUGGUGGCAAAAGAUGUUUCAUUGUGUAACAUUUAGUUAGUGAACCUCACAGGCAUUUGUGCUUAUUCUCUUUCAGUCUUCAGCUUUUGGCAUGGUUAGUCUCAUCUUCGAAU